ACCGCAGUUUCUGCAUUAAAAAGGAUAAUACAUACUAAAGAGGGCAGGUGAGAGUUUCCCUCUUCUGUAAAUUCAAAUAAUACUAUAAUUUCUGUCAAACGAAUUUCAGUCUAAUUCCUUGCUCCCCAUUUAUUGAGACUUAAAAAAUGGAAGAACAAGAAGAAGAAGAAUCAUUGGGACCUAAUGGCCCUGGACUUAGGGUUUCGCAGUUUGAUUAUUCGAUAGAGAAUCACUUCAAAGCUGUCGACACGAUUGCUAAGCUCUGUGGCGAACCAGAGACUGAUUCUCUUGAUGUAUCAGAAAUACAAUGCUUAUAUUCUUCAAUAACAUUCUUAAGAGAAUGGAGAUAUUACAAUUAUGAACCAAGAACAGUUAGAUUUGCUGAAAUGAAAAAUUCUCAAGAGAGAAGUUUUCUUCAUGAAAUAAAUUUACCCCAGUUUUCAUCAUCAACUGUUCCAAAGAAGAAGGGACCGGAUGGGGGCACUGCGAUUCCAGAAUCUAGCAAAGACUUUGUGAUGUAUGUUGGAGGGUCUGUUUGGGCAUUGGAUUGGUGUCCUAGUGCUGAUGAAAGACCUGAUUGUCAUAUCAAAUGUGAGUAUGUUGCUAUUGCUGCCCAUCCUCCCGACUCUUACUAUCACAAGUUAGGCACAUUGCUUACUGGCAGAGGUGUCGUUCAAAUAUGGUGCAUUCUAAAUGUCAGUGGGAAUGAGGAGGUAGCACCUCCAAUAAAAAAGCCAAAACGGGGAAUGCAAGAUCAUAAUUUAUGUGGUGAUAAAUCAACUCUAAUAAAGAGGCCAAGAGGUAGACCUAGAAAGCAGCAAAUAGAAGAAUCUUCAAAUGGCAAAGCCAUAAAGGAGAAAUCUACUGAAUUCAAGAGGCCAAGGGGUAGACCUAGAAAGCAGCAAAUAGAAGAAUCUCUCAAUGGCGAAGCCACCAAGGUGAAAUCUACUGAAUUCAAGAGAUUAAGCGAUAGAUCUGGAAAGCAGCAAAUAGAAGAAUCCCCCAAUGGUGAAGCCACCGGGGAGAACUCUGCUCGAUUGAAGAGGCCAAUAAGUAAGCCUAGAAAGCAGCAAAUAGAAGAAUCUCUCAAUGAUGAAGCCACAAAGGAAAAGUCUAUUCAAUUCAAGAGACCAAGAGAGAAGCAAAUAGAAACAUCUUGCAAUGAUGAAGCCACAAAGGAGAAAUUAACUCAAUUCAAGAGGCCAAAACGACAGCCUAGAAAGGAGGCAAUCAAUAAAUCCCUUGACAGUCUAGAUUGCAACAGCCAAUAUGUUGAAGCCCUAUACCCAGAAGAUUCAUCUCAAUUGCCUGCUAUAGAAGUGGUCUCUGAGAAUACCCAAGAACCAACCGCACAGGUAAACAAAUGCAAACAACAUGAAAGUUAUGCCAAACCGUUUUCUUUAUGUCUUGAAACUAUUGAGCAAAGUAGACAACUGGAAAGUGAGGCAAGGGAAAAAGAUAAAUGUGCUGGUGUUCUUUUCCCACAAUUAUUGACUCAAGAUACAGACGAUGAACCUUUCUAUAUGAACCAUCAAAUAUGUAAGAACUGUAAACAGGACCCUCCAGUGCUAAAUUGUGGCCUAGAUAUUGUGUCCUCGAGUAUCAAGUCAAAUCCUUGUUCUAUUCCAAAGGAUGUUGCUUUGCCAAGAGUUGUUUUAUGCCUAGCUCAUAAUGGAAAAGUUGUUUGGGAUGUGAAAUGGCAGCCUUGUCAUGCAUCUGAUUCCAAAUGCCAACAUCGAAUGGGUUAUCUUGCUGUUUUGCUAGGAAAUGGAUCUCUAGAAGUAUGGGAUGUUCCUCUUCCUCAUGUGGUGAAAGUAAUUUAUUCUUCUUCUCAUAGCAAAGAUACUGAUCCUCGCUUUGUAAAAUUGGAGCCAGUGUUCAGAUGUUCAUUUGCUAAAUGUGGACAAAUGCAGAGCAUCCCUUUGACAGUGGAGUGGUCAACUUCAUGUCCACAUGAUUACUUACUUGUUGGAUGCCAUGAUGGAACGGUUGCUUUAUGGAAGUUUUCUGCGAGUGGCACAUCUGGAGAUACAAGGCCUUUGUUGUGUUUCAGUGCAGAUACAUAUGCUAUUAGAGCAGUCGCAUGGGCUCCAUCUGAAAGUGAUAAUGAGAUUGCAAAUGUUAUACUUACUGCUGGACAUGGAGGCCUGAAGUUUUGGGACAUACGUGAUCCAUUCCGACCUCUGUGGGAGCACCACACGUCAUUGAAAUUCAUUUACAGUUUGGAUUGGCUGCCAGAUCCAAGAUGUGUUAUCCUAUCCUUGGAUGAUGGAACAAUGACACUCCUCAGCUUGGUGAAGGUUGCAUCUGAUGGCCAUGUUAGUGGAAAACCUUCUCAUGAGUCUAAACAAUCAGGAUUGCAUAUGCUUUAUUGUUCAACAUCCUUUGCCAUAUGGAGCGUUCAAGUGUCAAGGAAAACAGGAAUGGUUGCAUAUUGUGGUGCAGAUGGUACUGUUUGCUGCUUCCAGCUUACAGAAAAAGCAGUAGAGAAAGAUUCAUCAAAACAUCGUGCUCCUCAUUUUAUGGCUGGGUCUCUAAGUAAGGAUGAUGAAUUGGCCAUUACAGUUAACACCCCGUUACAGGAUGCUCCUUUAACUCUGAAGAAGCCAGUUAAGAACGCCAUGCAAAGCUUAUUGGACUCAAACCAGACGAAAAGAGCGAAUAACAAUAAGGCAGAAAAAGCGCCAGCUGCUGAUAAUCAACUAUCAGCAGUUUUGUGCGAUGGCGAUGAUCCAGGUAUGCAAUAUAGAGACAAUGAAACAUUAGCAGCUCUGAAAAGUAGAAUUAAACCAAAAUCCCAAAAAGCCAGUACUAUAAUGGAUGGAAAGGAUAAAACAUUGAUAUGCAUGGAUGAAGGACAAGAUGGGGUACAAGAGAGAGAAAGUGAAAAGGGAAAACCUGCGAACAAAAUUGAAGUUCUCCCUCCUGAUAUUGUUGCAAUGCAUAGAGUUAGAUGGAAUAUGAACAAAGGGAGUGAGAGAUGGCUGUGUUCUGGAGGAGCAGCAGGAAUUGUACGGUGUCAAGAAAUUACAUAAUCUAAUUUUAUGUGUGUGUGUGUGUAUGUAUAUUAGCUUUUUCAGCAGGAAAAAUAAAAAUAAUAAAUUUUUAGUAGUUUCUCUAUCUUGGAUGCCGUAUUUUAACUUUUAAGUGGCAAUUAGUAUUGGGGUUCAUCUGGCUGUUUUAUAAUUUCUCUUUUCGUUGCUACCUCUCUACGUUUUUCUCAAAUACUUUUGGGAAUUACUGUUUGGUUCCUGUGGUUUACUGAAAUUGACUAUUUUAAAAUAUGUGAAUUUAUUCCGCUAA